AUGGAACUCACUUGGCUUCCGGAUAUCCCUCAGUCGCGGAAUCGCACUCGAGCCUUGCGAGCUUGUCCCACAUGCCAACGAUCAAAGAAACGGUGCCGACAUUUAAUCCCCAACCGGGAGCCCUCCAAUGAUCUGAAUCGACAGUCACCACCCCAGUUGAACGAUGACCCUGGGAGGCACAUCCACAGAGAUGACUCGAAUCGCGAACAGCUUCUUGUAUCCGCGCACAUAGACCGAGCGCAGACAACAUCCGAUAGUCCAGCUUCGUUUUCGGUCCCUGCCACCGAGCGAUUUGUGGGCGAUCUCAAUCCAGAAUCCCUGAUUCGGGAAAGAUUAGAUGAGCCGACUGGGAGCCCUCUCCGGGAUCAUAUUGGGCUCUGGAUCAACUCCCCAGCUGCGCAGAAAGCGAAGCCUCGCAGCGCACACAGAAGACAAGCCACAACCGAAGAAUCUGUAGCCAACCCCCCAGCACAAAGGGCAAUCGAUGGCCAAACCAUUGCAUCAUUACUUCACCAACAGUUUACCGCGGGGAUGCAAGCAUGCGAACAACUACCCCUCGCGACGCGCCAGUCUUUGUCCGCUAUCUACUUCUCCAAAGUUAAUCACAUUGUGCCAAUAGUUGACCAGGAGUUUUGCCAAGCUCAAUCAGAAGGUUCGGCGUCGGUGUUCCUUGAAAAAGCCAUAUGCCUCGCCGCAGCAAAGACCCGAGCGGCCAAUCCCCACCUACGCCUUGUGGCAGGGGGCCCAAUCAUACCGUCACGCCAAUUCUGUUCUGAGAUUUACAAGGGAUUGGUUGUUGCUAUGAACGCAGAGCUAGAACCGGAUCGAUUGACACGGAUCCGCGUUCUUGCACUAAUGUCCUUGCACUGUGAGGGCCUUGAAGGGGCCGAGGCAGCGUCUUCACACCUCUGUCAAGCUAUCCACCAGGCCCAAACGGUAGGAUUGCAUCUUGGCCGGCCGAAUCAAACCUCCACCGAUUCCCUGACUAAACUCUUCUGGUGUCUAUGGACAUUGGACAAGAUGCAUGCAAGUAUCGGUGGCCGGCCGGUUCUUCUAGCUGACCGCGACAUCGGGAUCGUGAAACCCAAUGUCAGCGCUCAGGCAUCACGAGGGGCUUUUGAGGUGUGGCUUGCUGUGUCAGAUCUGCUCGCAACUGUGAUUUCGUUCUACCGACCCUCCGCAGAACCCACCAGUGGGUGGGAAGAGGGUUUCCCUGCAUUUGAGGAUAUUGUCGGGGAGGACACCCAGGGUGAUCUGGAUUUUGCUACCCUAGGAUUCUUGGAGCUUUAUUACCAUUCUGUUGCUAUUUUGUCCUGUCGGUAUAAACCCACCGAGAACAUUGAUAGCACCAGGCUCUCAUCGGUCAGACAAGGACUAGCAGCUGUUCGAAUUCACUCCAUCGUCGCAUCGGAGUGUGCACAUGACCUACCACCUCUCCCAAUCGUGCCAUACUCUGUCACCUUGUCGAUGGGUGUUUCGUACCGGCAACUCCGCUCGAGCAGACUUAUUACGCACCUUGACCGAGCGAAAGCUAGUCUUGAGGCUUGCCGUUCUGUCCUAGAAAAUCUUAGUCCCUACUGGUAUUCCGCCGAGGCGAUGGCCCGGCUGGGCCAAAAAGCCCUGCGCCAGGUUCAAGGCAAGCCACAAUCCUCUCGGACAAACCCUAUGGGUUCGCCUCUUGUAGCAGAGUCCUCGCACAAACCAGUCAACACCGACAGCUCGGUAUCAAAGGGGCUAGAGACGAUCAAUUCCGCACCCCAGGGCAAUGAUUCCCCCCGAGCCAAGAGGCAGCGCAAUAACGGCCAUGGAAUUGCAGCUGUAUCUCCGACGCCAGAAAUCGCAAUGGACGUCCUCCAACCUCCGGUGGACGAUCUGGAUAUAUCUUUGCAGGAUGGGUUUGCAGACAUUGACACCUUAUUUGGAGAUUUCCUAGAUAUCUCUCUACCCACCCAUUUCUGGGAUCCUAUUUUUAUGGAGACUCAAGGGCAAACGAAUAAUCCGCAGUCAUAA